UGAGUACAAGUAGUAAUUACCAAUAAUAAAUGUCAUUUAUCAUUUCGACGCCAAAUUUGAAAUAAUUGUAAACGUGGAGACGAUGCCUUUUAAACAAGAUAAGAAAACUCUUAAAAUACACUUGCGAUAGGUCAUAUAUCAGUUAUCUUUGCCAAAUGGAAACAUCCUCGCAAAUCUCAAUUUAUUUGUUUGGUCUUUAUUUGGUAUAUACUUGUUUGUUACCAUACUAAAAUAAGAAAUAUCAACGAUUGCCCAAAUUUGACCUUUUACGAUAUAAAUUGUACAUCGUGACAAAGGACGAGACUACAUUUUUGUCUAGAUCUAUUUUCGUUUUCAGACAUGAUUGAUUUUUAUUUGGUUAUAAAAAAGUCAUUUUAGCCAAUUUCCUGUAAAUCGUAUUGGGAUUUAGACAAUAAAAUAGUUUGAUAACAGAAAUAUUAGAAUAUAUAAUUCCUCUAUACAGAAUAGUAAGCAAAGUUCAGUUGUUGUUAUGUUUGCUUUGCUGUAUGAUGGAUAUUUUUUCUUUGGAAAUUUCUUUUGGGCAUCUAGAAAAGUUGACGAAAAUGAGCAAAUUUAGAAUUUUAAAUGUCGAUUAAUGCGGCUAUAUUGUCAUAUCAACGAAAACUAGUGGAUAUGAAUAAAAAUCAAAUUUCUUGCUACUGUGAAAUGUUAAAAAUCACGAUAAAAAAUAUAUCAUUAUAUGUGAUAUUCUAAUUUAUGUCAUUCGCAGAUUUAUAAUUCAAAAAAUCAUGACAUCGGACGAGAGGUAACAAGUAAUACACUUUCCGCCUCAAUAAAGAUAAAUUAAUUGUAAAUCGUAACAGAGAAUCGGAUUUUAUUUACUCUUUUAUUGAUCAACAGAAGUAAUUUUGAUCAAUAUUCUUCAGUGGGUGGUAUAUACCUUAUUUAGUAAAACUUCAGAUGGGUGUACUGGGGUGUAUUCAGGCAAAGUCAGAUGACGAUAGAGAAGCGGAGGAACAAUCCAAAAAGAUAGAUAAGAAGAUUCGCGAAGAGGCCGCUUCAUCGAACAAACGAGUGAGAUUGCUCCUGCUUGGAGCGGGAGAGUCGGGAAAGAGUACAAUAGCCAAGCAAUUGAGGAUUCUUCAUCAGAGUGGAUUUUCAGAAGAGGAACGGAGACAAUAUAAAUGCGUCGUCCACAGCAACACUCUCCAGUCUAUCCAUGCUAUAUUGCAUGCUAUGGAUGGUUUAAAAAUACCAUACGAAAGUGAGGAACGAGUUGCAGAUGCUGAAAAAGUGUUUCAAGUUUCUCCCAAAAUAAAGGAUUCUUAUAUUUCAGUUGAACUGGGGAAAGUAAUUAAACGACUGUGGGAAGAUUCAGGAGUGCAAACUUGUUACGGUAGAUCUCGCGAAUAUCAACUUAACGAUUCAGCCAAGUAUUAUCUGGAUGAAAUUGAUAGAUUGGCCGAUGAGUAUUAUGUUCCAUCUGAGCAGGAUGUUCUACGUAGCCGGGUUAUAACAACUGGAAUAAUUGAAACUACUUUUCAAUAUAAAGGUUUGGACUUCACUCUCAUCGACGUCGGUGGACAACGCACAGAACGUAAAAAAUGGAUGCAUUGCUUCGAAGACGUAACGGCAAUUGUAUUCUGCGUCGCUAUGUCAGCGUACGAUCAGGUUUUAGCAGAAGAUCAAGAGACCAAUCGAAUGCGGGAGAGCUUGAAACUAUUCGAUUCAAUCUGCAACAACAAAUUUUUUGUCAACACUGCUAUCAUACUUUUUCUGAAUAAAAAAGAUCUAUUUGAAGAAAAAGUCGAGAAAUCUCCUAUCAGUGAUUAUUUCGAGGAAUACAAGGGAAAAAAUACAUAUGAAGAAGCGUCUGUUUUCAUCAGACGUCAGUUCGAAGAUAUCAAUAACGACAAGAAGAAUCGUGAGAUAUACACUCAUUUUACUUGUGCAACAGACACUGAUAAUGUCCGCUUUGUUUUUGACGUCGUUUCUGAUGUGAUAGCCUCAAAGAUUAUAGAUUCCAUAUUUGGACCUAACUGAAAUAUAUCUCAACACUUAGAUAACACCAAUAUCAGAAUACCUGAUGUGUAUUUCGCCGUUCGAUGGAAAGUCUGUAGUUAUUUGCAAUCAUAUACCCUGUGUGGGCUGAAGUUAAGCUCAAGUGAUGGACCUGAAAUUUGUUGUACCUUUUUGCAUCUUUGCAAGUAUAUGAAAAGAAGAGAUUAUGCACAAAGGGAAAAAAACUGCUGACACUGAUCAAUAUAUUCACCAAUGCUUUUUUACAUGUCAAUUUUAUUGUUUUAUCAUCUUUACAUGAAAAUGUCUACAGUUGUUCAUUUGUCCAUUUUUCACCAGUUUAUGUAUUUAACACGUUACAAAAUGUCUCCUAUUCCUAUUGUGUGACACUGUAUGUUUUAAUUGCUAUGCAAUGAAUUCUUUCCCAACAAACACCCUGCAUAUACCAGUUUCUCUGUUGAACGGAAAAGAUGUAGAUUGGUGUAUAUCGUAAGCUCGCUAUGCGUGUGGAAUAUGCUUCACGAUAAAUACAAUUAAUAAAUUCAAGGUUUUUAUUGGGACUCUUAUCAUGGUUUGAAAUGGGAACUUACUUUUGGGAAAUAUCGUGAUAAAAUAUGAUUCAAUUAGAACCCAUUGUCAAUACCUGCUGUAUCAAUAUUUUGCUGACAAUAAGUAUAAUUUGUUAUCCCAUAAUUUGUACAGUGUGCCAUUAAAAGUUAGCGGUUUCGUAGAAUAUCAUUAAUGGCAAUUUCCUGCUUUUUUGCAAUCAUAUAAUGGUUAAUGAUAUUGCUACCUUUUGGAUUAAAAAAAACUAUUGGUUGAAUUUUCAAAAUUUUUGAUGGACGUUGCCGUAAUGUUCUGCAUGCGAGAUCUGUUUUCUUUGUUUUAUAUUUACCCGUGGAUGAUAUUUCAUUAAAAAAUUUAUUGGUUA